ACCAGCAACUGCUUUGCCUACCUGCCCCACGAUGUGCUGACCCAGCUGCCGAGCCUCAGGCACCUGGACCUGCGCAACAACUCGCUGGUGAGCCUGACUUAUGUGUCCUUCCGCAACCUGACACACCUAGAAAGCCUCCACCUGGAAGACAACGCCCUCAAGGCCCUUCACAACGGCACCCUGGUGGAGUUGCAAGGCCUACCCCAAGUCAGGGUCUUCCUGGACAACAAUCCCUGGGUCUGCGACUGCCACAUGGUGGACAUGGUGACCUGGCUCAAGGAGACAGAGAUAGUGCAGGGAAAAGCCGGGCUCACCUGUGCGUUCCCGGAAAAAAUGAGGAAUCGGGUCCUCCUGGAACUCAACAGCUCCGACCUGGACUGUGAUCCUAUCCUCCCUCCAUCCCUGCAGACUUCUUAUGUCUUCCUAGGUAUUGUUUUAGCCCUGAUAGGUGCCAUUUUCCUACUGGUUUUGUAUUUGAACCGUAAGGGGAUAAAAAAGUGGAUGCAUAACAUCAGAGAUGCCUGCAGGGAUCACAUGGAAGGUUAUCAUUACAGAUAUGAAAUCAAUGCGGACCCCAGGUUAACAAACCUCAGUUCUAAUUCGGAUGUCUGAGAAACAUUCGAGGCCAGAACAAGGACAACUAUGCAUGAGAUGUAGACUUAAUUAAGCUUUAUCCUGUCCUAGGCUUGCUCCACCUCCACCCUCCACUGUAGGUACCACUGGCCUUGACUGAAAGCAGUGAAGGGGAUUUGCUCCCUUGUCAUGUAAAGUGUCUAGGUGUGGUCCAUUAAUGUAAGAUGAUGAUGAACAAUUUCAUAGUCUUUAACCCUCUUCCCUUUCUUGGAACUCAACAUGUAUGGAGGGACUUCUCAAGUUUCAGCAUGAACAUGGACUCCUGGCUGUCUGUUUCUUUUAGUACAAAGUGUAACAAGUGUACCAAUGCAGAUAGCAUUCAACAAAAGCUGCCUCAACUUUUUCAGAAAAAUAUUCUAUUCAUAAGUAUCAGUUUUAUUCUCAUGUACCUAAAUUGUGAAGAAAAUGAUUGCAUUCCAUAAACUGCCUGCAGACCUUAGCAAGCUCUUCAAAGUAACUCCAUAGUACACAGGAGCACCUGCAUCCGAGAGCAUGCUUCUAUUUUACUGUUCUGCAUAUUCCAAAAAAAUAACUUGCAACUUCAGAUAACUUCUUUGAGAAAGUAAAUUACUUUUUUGAUUGCAGUUUAUAUGAAACUAUAUGCAAGUUGUUUUACAAACUGCAUCGAGAUCCAACAGGCUAAAUUGUUAAAAAAAAAAUUCAAUAAAGAUUCUUAAAAGAA